CCCGGGGAUCCUGGUUUAGAAUGUUAAAAAGAGUUUCAGAGUCUUCCGAGGGAAACUUUUCCAAGCGAGUUCGGCGGUUGCGCGCGGGAGUCUGCGGGCCGUCAUGGUUUCUCCUCGGACUUGCGUUCACAAGCUUGGCUCGACGCUUCCGUUGCUGCUGGUGCUCUGGGAUCUCCACUAUGAGGGAGUACAAUGUGGCAUAAAUGCAGAAGUAGAAAAGCAGCUUGAAUUGGGAAAAAAGCUGCUGGCAGCUGGGCAGCUGGCAGAUGCUUUGUCGCAUUUCCAUGCUGCCAUAGAAGGAGACACCGAUAACUACCUUGCUUAUUAUCGAAGAGCCACAGUAUAUCUAGCCAUGGGCAAAUCAAAAGCUGCCAUUCGUGAUUUAAGCAGGGUAGUCGAAUUAAAGCAAGAUUUUACAUCGGCACGACUACAAAGAGGCCAUCUGCUGCUUAAGCAGGGAAAGUUGGAUGAAGCUGUAGAAGAUUUUGAAGGCGUGCUCCUGUCUCACCCCAGUGAGAAAGAAGGAGGAGAAGCCCGUGCUCAGCUGUUGAAGUCAGAUGAGGCUCGGCGUCUGCGUUCCCAAGCACAGUCUGCCUUUCUCGAAAAAGAUUACAACACUGCUAUCACUCUCUUGGAUAAAAUUCUAGAAGUUUGUGUUUGGGAUGCGGAUAUGCGGGAACUUCGAGCUGAAAGCUACAUUAAGGAAGGGGAGCCUGGGAAGGCGCUCAGUGACUUGAAGGCUGCUGCCAAAUUGAAGAGCGAUAAUACUGAAGCUUUCUAUAAAAUCAGCACAAUAUACUAUGGAUUAGGGGACCACGAAAUGUCUCUAAGUGAAGUGCGGGAAUGUCUGAAACUGGACCAAGACCAUAAGGAGUGCUUUUCUCACUACAAGCGAGUAAAGAAGCUCAACAAGCAGAUUGUUUCAGCAGAAGAACUCAUCCAGGAAAGAAGGUAUCAGGAAGCUACUGAGAAGUAUGAGGCCGUUAUGAAGAUGGAGACAAAUGUUCCUGUCUACACUACUCGAGCCAAAGAGAGAAUCUGUCAUUGCUUUUCAAAGAAUCAACAGACGACAGAAGCCAUUAAAAUUUGCACAGAAGUUCUGCAGCUAGAGCCAGAAAAUGUGAAUGCCCUCAAAGAUCGGGCUGAAGCAUACUUGCUAGAAGAAAUGUAUGAAGAAGCUAUCCAAGACUAUGAAACUGCUAAAAAAUACAGCGAUAAUGACCAACAGAUUCUGGAAAGCCUUGAGAAAGCCCAGCGAAUGCUCAAGCAGUCUCAAAAGAGGGAUUACUACAAAAUUUUAGGAGUUAAAAGGAAUGCCAGGAAACAGGAAAUCAUAAAAGCCUACAGGAAGCUGGCAAUGCAGUGGCACCCAGAUAAUUUUCAAGAUGAAGAAGAGAAGAAGAAAGCAGAGAAAAAGUUUAUUGAUAUUGCAGCUGCCAAAGAAGUCCUCACAGAUCCAGAAAUGCGGAGGAAGUUUGAUGCAGGAGAAGACCCACUGGAUGCUGAGAGCCAGCAAGGAGGGGGGAACCCUUUUCACCGAACUUGGAAUUCCUGGCAAGGGUUUGACCCCUUCAGUUCCGGGGGACCUUUCCAGUUUAAAUUCCAUUUCAAUUAGAACUGCUAUACUUUUUAUGUUAUUUUUCCUUUUGCAUCUGGCAAUCUGCAUUUUUUUCUAGAUAACUUAAAAUUACUGUGUAGUCUUUGAACAGUAAUGAAAGCCGGGGGGUGGGGUGUUGGGUGAUAGUUCAAAAGGGAUAGCAAAAUCCAGCCAUAUCAAUAAUACCAAUCUGUUUGAUAGUUCCGGGCCUCAAAGCUUCACCUCAAGACAAACCCAUGUUUGAGAAGAAACUGACUCAAAAAAGCACUUUAAAGUUUACUAAACCAUUGGGGCCCUUUUGUGGAAAUUAAUCACUUGAAAUAACAAAAUAUACUCCAGCUUUAGUUACCACAGGAGGAAAUGCUAAAGUCUCAAGUGACUGUUGGAAGUAUUACACGCCUGCAUGAUAUGACCAUUUACAUCAUAUAUACAUUGGUCACUGCAGCUAGCUUGUAGACCGUUUAAGGUGUUCUGAUUGUUACAAGGACAAUUUUCUCUGAUUAAAACUUUCCCUCCUGGUUGCUUUUAAAGAAUUAAACAGAAUUAAAAUUUUAACCAGGUGGCAGGGAAUCAUUUUCCAUUGAAAAUUUGCUUGACAUUUGAGCAGGACCGAGAUAUUGACCAUAAAAGUAGAACUUUGUUCUGCUCAUGAAGAUAUUUUAAGGGUAGUAGAUCAUCCUCUUCACAACUAUUAUAUGCAUAUCUAUUGUUGCACAGACUAAUAACUCAUGGAACCGACUGAAAGUGUUUUCAUGCAACCGAAAUCUCAUAUUGAACUGUAUUCAGAACGGACCCUGGAGUCAUCUUGGGAUACAAUACUGAACUUUCCUUUCUUUCACAUCCUGUCUUUUUCAAGAAUGCUGUUUUGAACACUUGUCAAAAUGAUCUUCAUCUUUCAGUCUAUUUCAAUGCAAUUCUCCAAACAUCUGAAAAAUUAGUGGUUGAAUCUCAUUAGCUUUUGGGUGUAACGUUCUGUUCUUUGGGAAUGAAAUGAUUUGGAUUCAUCUCAAAAUAUGCCAUGUUGGACGUUUGUUGAGUGAGCAUUCAGACAAAAAAACCAGGACCCAGAAAGUGGUGUCAUGUUUCUCUCCUUGAGAAUGACUCCAGAAAUGCUGGAAGAGAUGUUAACCUAUUAAGAAAUCAUCUUUGUGUUUUGGACAGGACUGCAUAAAGUGCCAUUGCCCUUUGCUUUCUUUGACCAAAUCCCAUCAGUCCAUGUUUAUACAGGACAUGGUUUGGGCUGCAUUGAUUUUGCUGGAGCUGCUUGUCCUAGAAAGGCCAUCAGGCCUGCGCAUGGAUUGAUCCAAAAGUUCGGCAGUGCUUCUGGUUCAAUGGAAAUCAAACAUUGCCUUGGAAGCGUUGCCAGAAUAAAUCAGAGGGAUUGAAGGGGGGAAGAUACAUUCUAUGAAAACUAUGUUGUUCUAUGUUGAAGGUAACGAAAUACUAAAUAGUAUUCAACAGUAGCACAUAGUUGUUUUAAAUUGCUUUAAAUUCUGAAGGUUUGUUUUUUUGGGGGGGGGCGCGGGUUGGCUGUGUUGGGUGGGAGGGAUAGGACAAGUUGAAUUCUGAAGUUAACAAUUGUGCCAAACUUUAAUUUGUUUCUACGCCAAGUAAUGAAUAGAAAUUGCUUUAUUAUGCUGUUGUUCCUAAUGAUUCUGAGUACACUUUGGGGGAAUAUUUUUUUUUAAAAAACUUAUUUCAUUCCUUUGGAAAUCAAAGAAGCAAUUUAAAAGGCAGUUCAGUUAUCAGUUGCUACCAUAAACUAUCCAUGGAAUUAAAUGCAUCAAAUGUGGAAAAAAAUGGGAACUUUGCCUUUUGCAAAAUAGCUUUACUUAAACAGUACAUUUUAAGACCACAAAGAUUAAAAUUUCUUUUUCAACUCUG